CAAAGUAAGGAACAGCAGCAGGUCGAAUGCAGUUAAGAACGCUACGGUAGAAGUGGAAAUCGGCCCGAACAAUGAACCGAUAGGUAAGUAAGAGCGGGGACGCCGGAGACGAGGACGACGGCGACGACAACAUCGAAGACGAGAACGCGGACGGGAAGAGGAACGGAAACGAGCGAAACCAGCCGGUGGAAGGCAGUCGGCCGCUUGCUUUGCCGUCUAACGCUCAUCAUGCUUCUGCUAGCGUGCUCCGCUGCCUGUUUGGCUUUCCUCGCCAUAUACGCAGGCCCGAUAUUCCUCGUGGAAUUGCUUGUGGUUGUUCUCGUCGCGUAUUUAGUGUCCGGAGGACGAUUCCGAUGGUUCUACGUAGCCGCUAGAACAGCACCUAGGGACAUUGUAGCCGUCAUAGGAUACAUUAAGAUUCUUUGGACAAUUCGUGGACAUGAAAGGAAAAACAGAAGUGUUGCUGAUGUAUUUCGACAAAAUUUUAAUCGUCAUCCCAAUAAAGUUUGUUUGAUCUGUGAAGAUCAGGAAUGGACGUUCCAGCAGGUGGAGGACUACAGCAAUAAAAUUGCCACCAUAUUCAAAACGCAUGGAUUUCGUAAAGGCGAUGUGGUCGGCAUACUUUUGGAAAAUCGGGUGGAAUAUGUUUCCCUGUGGCUGGGGCUGAGUAAGCUGGGAAUAAUAGUACCACUCAUUAACACGAAUCUUCGUAAAACUUCCCUUCUGCACAGCAUCAAAGUGUCCAAGUGUCAAGCACUUAUCUAUGGUGUAGACUUCAACGAUGCCCUGUCAGAUAUUGCAGAGUCGUUGGAUCCAAAAUUUAUAUUAUAUAGAAUCGGUAAUUUAUCGAACUCCAAAACGUCAAAACUAAAUAGCUUAAAUGACAAAGAUUUGGUCGCUCUUGCGGCCGAUGUUUCCCCGGCUCCGCCGGUCCUACAAGAAAAAGGCUGUUAUCAUGAUCAAUUAUUGUAUAUUUUUACCAGUGGCACAACUGGUCUUCCUAAAGCUGCUGUUAUAACAAAUUCUAGGUAUAUGUUUAUGUCAGCUGGUAUUUUUAUGAUGGCGAAAUUCAGAAAUUCUGAUAGAAUUUAUACGCCUUUACCAUUGUAUCAUACUGCUGGAGGUAUAAUGGCAGUUGGUGCAGCUCUUCUUUAUGGAGCAUCAGUAGUAAUUAGAAAAAAGUUUUCAGCAAGCGCCUACUUUACUGAAUGUAUCAAGUAUGACUGUACAGUUGGUCAGUACAUUGGUGAAAUGUGUAGAUAUAUUUUAGCUGUACCUCCAAAGCCAGAGGAUAAGAAACAUAAAAUUAGGUUGAUGUUUGGAAAUGGUUUAAGACCACAAAUAUGGCCCGAAUUUGUGGAACGAUUUAAUAUUCCUCAAGUUGCUGAAUUUUAUGGAGCAACAGAAGGAAACGCUAAUAUUGUAAAUAUUGAUAACACUGUUGGAGCAAUUGGUUUCGUAUCACGAAUAAUUCCAUCAGUUUAUCCCAUUUCUAUUUUAAAAGUGAAUGAGGAUGGUGAACUAGUAAGAAAUGAAAAAGGUUUAUGUCAGGAGUGCAAACCAAAUGAGCCAGGUGUAUUUAUUGGAAAAAUUAUACCCAAUAAUCCAUCUAGAGCAUUCUUAGGAUACGUAGAUCAGAAAGCAUCUGAAAAGAAAGUAGUCUAUAAUGUCUUCAAGAAAGGAGAUUCAGCAUUUAUAUCUGGUGACAUUUUAAUUGCUGAUGAAUUGGGUUAUUUAUAUUUCAAAGACAGAACAGGUGAUACUUUUCGAUGGAAAGGAGAAAAUGUUUCAACAUCUGAAGUUGAAGCUAUUAUCAGUAAUCUUAUUAACUAUAAAGACUGUAUUGUAUAUGGAGUUGAGAUUCCCGGACUCGAAGGUAAAGCUGGAAUGGCGGCAAUAUACGAUGAAAAUUCUGAAUUAGAUAUGAACCGGUUAUCAGUUGAUUUGAAGGAACAUUUAGCCUUUUAUGCAGUACCUAAGUUCAUCAGAAUUUUAACAAAGAUUGAUCUUACAGGUACAUUUAAAUUAAAGAAGAAAGAUCUUAUAGAAGAUGGAUAUGAUCCUAAAAGAACACAAGACAAACUAUAUUAUUUAAGUGAAAAGUCUGGAUAUCAAUUACUAACUCCUGAAAUUUACGAACAAAUUCAACAAGGAAAACUUCGUUUUUAAGUUAUGCUUUGAAAAGAAAAAGAAUAAUUAUGGGAACAAUUUUUGCUGCAACUAUUUACAGCUUAUCAUCUAGGUGAAAAGAUGCUUUUCAUCUUCAUUAUAUAGAAUCAAAAAAUUGCUUUAUGUGACACUAUAAUUGAAUGUUUCAAUUGUAAUGAUUUUCACUCCGUUAUUUUUUAACUUUUGUAUGAAUUUAUAUUUCACAUAAAUUAUUACA